CGGGCGCACGGGAGCAGCUGUGGGCGACUGGCCAUGGCGGCUGCAACAUUUACUGCCCACCUGAAGCAUCACUUGGCCGCUUGCAGCAACAUCGGGCCUGCUGCAGCAGAUGGCGGCAGAAGCACUCUGCACCAGCACUCUGCCUGCAGCUCCCCUUGACGCCCUUAACCAGAAGCUAUGCGGCCUGCAGCAACUGUUGUGGCUCCAGCAUGUCUUG